AUGCUUGCUCCCGGGUUCCCGGGUCCGGGUCCGGCAGCUGCCGAACCUCAUAUUACUCGCUUCGAUUCCGACACGACUCUCGUCAUCUCUUCAGAUGCCGACGAGGUCGCCGAAGGAGAGAUACAGGACUUGGCCAAGCGGCUAACCUCCGCGUCCCACGGAGGUGUCCACUCAUUGUUUCCUGAGCCCUCCGACGCCACAAUCGAUCCCAGGGACCCGGAAUUCGACGCCAGAAAGUGGGCUGCGGCAUUCCACAGGCUCCAGACCAAAGCACUUCACGGAAACGCUCCAAACACGGUUGGCCUGGCUUUCAAAAACUUGCACAUCUACGGACUGGGCACCACAAGGGACUAUCAAAAGACUGUCGGCAACUUCUUUCUGGAGGCUGCAGCGCGACUUGUGCAGUCAAGGAAGAAACAGCAAAUCGACAUCUUGCACAACGUGGAGGGCGUCAUCCAGAGCGGAGAAAUGCUUGCUGUACUGGGACCUCCGGGAUCUGGCUGUACGACUCUGCUGAAAACGAUCGCUGGUGAAACCCACGGUUUCUACGUAGCCGAUGGUGCAACACUCAACUACCAAGGCAUCUCACCAGAUGAGAUGAACACGACUUUCAAGGGAGAGGCCAUUUACACGGCAGAGUUCGACCACCAUUUCCCGUUCCUGACCGUCGGUGAGACGCUCUACUUUGCUGCCCGGGCACGCUGCCCCCAAAACAUGGCUCUUCCAGACGGCAUCUCGAAGCACAAGUACGCCGAGCAUCUUCGUGACGUCGUCAUGGCACUCCUCGGCAUCUCCCACACAAAGGACACCAGAGUGGGAGAUGAUUUUGUGCGUGGUGUGAGUGGAGGAGAGAGAAAACGGGUCAGCAUUGCCGAGGCAGUGCUGAGCUACGCUCCUCUCCAGUGCUGGGACAACAGUACUAGAGGGCUUGAUUCUGCCAACGCCAUCGAAUUUUGCCACACUCUUCGCAUGCAAUCAGACGUCUUUGGAUUCAGCUCCGCUGUGUCCAUUUACCAGGCGCCACAGGAGGCAUACGAUCUCUUUGACAAAGUCAUUGUCCUUUACGAAGGGCGUCAAAUAUUCUUCGGAAAGACUACUGACGCCAGACCGUAUUUCGAAAGUCUUGGCUUCCGGUGUCCCGAACAGAAGACCACCGCCGACUUUCUUACUUCCAUGACGAGCUCUUCCGAAAGGGUUGUGCACCCCGAUUGGAAGGGACAAACGCCGCCGAGGAGCCCUGACGAGUUUGCCCGAGCUUGGCAAGCCAGCGAGCAUCGAAGACGCCUUCUUGUGGAGAUAGAUGAAUUCGAGCACGAGUUUCCCUUUGGUGGCAACACCUCCAAGCAAUUCUCCGCCACUCGGAGAGUACAUCAAUCGAAACGGCAAAGACCUUCUUCGCCUUACACCUUGUCCUUUUCCCAGCAAAUCAUUCUAAACCUAUGGCGGAGUUCCAGGCUCUUAAUCAGCGAACCUUGGAUGACUAUCACCAUGUUGACAACAAACUGUUUCGAGUCCCUCAUCAUCUCAAGCAUUUUCUACAAUCUGCCUCCUAACUCCUCUAGUAUAUACAAGCGGCUCCUUCUCAUAUUUUACGCCAUACUGAUCAAUGCCAUGGGUAGUAUCUUGGAAGUUCUCACACUAUACGGCAAGCGAAAGAUCAUUGAAAAACAUGCUCGAUAUGCUCUCUACCACCCAAGUGCCGAGGCGGUUGCUGCGAUGGUUGUUGACCUUCCAUACAAACUCGUCAACUCUCUCUUCAUCAACGUCCCGAUUUAUUUUAUGACGAACUUACGCCGCGACUCUACCGGACCGUUCUUCUUCUUCCUCCUACUUUCCUUCAGCACAACCAUCUCCAUGUCAAUGAUAUUUCGAUUCCUCGGUUCUGUCACCAAGACAAUGGCGCAAGCGCUGGCUCCUUCUGCCAUCAUCCUUCUAGGUUUGAUACUGUUUAGCGGAUUUUCCAUUCCUCAAGCUUACCUGAGUGACUGGAUGGGCUGGAUUCGCUGGGUCAACCCCGUAUUCUAUGUCCAGGAGAGUCUUGCCCUAAAUGAAUUUGUCGGUCGCAACUUUAGUUGCUCAGAUUUCGUCCCCAGUGGCCUCAAUUACGACACGUCGUCUGCUAGAUCUAAUGAGCGGGUUUGUGGUAUUGGUGGAGCUGUUCCUGGUUCCAACUCCAUCAACGGAGAAGACCACCUUCGUGUGGUUUACGGCUUUGUCAAUGGGCAUCGCUGGCGCAACUUUGGCAUAGUGGUUGCUAUCACCGUCAUCUUCAUGACUAUGUAUCUUGUUGCCGUUGAGUUGGUGUCAUCCGAAAGGUCCAAGGGUGAAGUUCUUCUAUUCAACCGUCGAACGUUGAAAAACGUGAAGAGGGGUCCCAACGACGACGAAAACCUUGGGGGGAACCAGCCAUACCCGGUCAUUGAGAAAUCUGAAGACAGCGACAGCUCUGGCCUUGCGAAACAGACGUCCGUGUUCCAUUGGAAGGAUGUUUGCUACGAUGUGCAAGUCAAAGGAGAGACUCGCCGGAUUCUCGAUAGGGUUGAUGGAUGGGUGAAGCCCGGGACCUUGACUGCGCUCAUGGGAGUUUCGGGAGCCGGCAAGACGAGUCUGCUUGAUGUUUUGGCAAGUCGCGUAACGAUGGGUGUUGUCGGUGGCGAGAUGCUCGUUGAUGGUCAUCUUCGGGAUUCCUCGUUCCAGCGCAAGACCGGAUACGUGACACAACAGGAUCUCCACCUCCAUACGGCGACCGUCAGAGAAGCCCUAAACUUCAGCGCAUUCUUACGCCAGCCUCGGCAGUACAGUCGGGAGGAAAAGCUGGCGUAUGUCGAUACUGUUAUCGACCUUCUCGGCAUGCAAGAGUAUGCUGACGCUGUGAUUGGGGAGUUGGGCGAGGGCCUCAACGUUGAACAGCGUAAACUUCUAACGAUUGGCGUUGAGCUGGUGGCCCGACCACAGUUGCUUCUCUUUCUGGACGAACCAACAUCGGGGCUCGACAGUCAAACUUCGUGGUCAAUUUGCGAUCUGAUGGAAAGGCUAACAAAAAGCGGCCAAGCCAUUCUCUGCACCAUUCACCAGCCAUCAGCAUCGCUUUUCCAGAGAUUUGAUCGAUUGUUGCUGCUUGCAAAAGGCGGACAGACGGUCUACUUUGGUGACAUCGGGAAGAACUCGCAUGUUCUUCUCGACUACCUUGGUCGGCACGGUGCCCCGGGCUACCAACCCGGAUCGAAUCCUGCCGAGUAUAUGCUCGAAGUCAUUGGAGCAGCCCCUAAAGCCCACACUGAUAUCGACUGGCCAAAUGUUUGGCGGAAGAGUGAAGAAUACCAGAGUGUUCAAAGCGAGCUAAGAAGACUAUCGGAGCACAAGAGUCAUAACGAUGCCAGGCAGACGACGGAAACCCAUGAUACUUUGGCACACGAGGAGUUUGCCGCGGAUUUUCGUGUCCAGAUCCACGAAGUAACGAAGCGAGUAUUCCAGCAGUACUGGCGUAGUCCGUCGUACAUCUUCUCGAAAUCCAUUGUUACUUGUGGUUCAGCACUUUUCAUUGGAUUGACGCUCCUGGGGGGCGACAACACGAAACGUAGCCUCAAGAACCAGAUGUUCGGGGUUUAUACCUUUCUUUUUAUCUUCAGUCAGGUUGUCCAGCAAAUCAUGCCCGUUUUUGUGUCCCAACGCACAAUGUACGAAGCCCGCGAGCGUCCGGCCAAGUCGUAUUCUUGGAAAGCUUUCAUGGCCGCCAAUGUCAUAGUUGAAAUCUUUUGGAACUCUAUCAUGGCCGUUUUCUCCUUCCUUUUGUGGUUCUACCCAAUGCGACUUGAUCGAAACGCGGAAUGGACUGAUGCUGUUCAAUCUCGCGCCGUCACUUUCUUUCUCAUCUGCUGGGUUUUCUUUUUGUUCUCCAGCACGUUUGCGCACCUCAUGAUUGCCGGACUGGGCAGUGCCGAGGUCGCGGGUGGCAUCAUGAACUUGGCCUUCAUUUUGAUGUUUGCCCUCUGCGGUGUGCUGGCGGGCCCCCACGAGCUUCCUGGCUUCUGGAUCUUCAUGUACCGUGUCAACCCCUUCACAUACCUCAUGGACGCAUUCCUCAGCACUGGCGUGGCCAAUGCGCCCGUUAAGUGCAGUCCAACCGAGCUUCUCAUAUUUGAUGCUCCGAGUGGCCGUACUUGCGGCGAGUAUAUGGCCGAGUACAUCCAGAACAAUGGCGGAUAUCUGGUCAAUAACAACGCCAGUAAGUGUCAAUUUUGCGAUAUGGCAGAUACAAACACGUUCUUGUCGGAUAUGAAUAUGAGCUUUGAUAACCGAUGGCGCGACUUUGGGUUAAUUUGGGCUUUUUGCGUGUUCAACAUUGUUGCGGCCGCGGCUUUGUACUGGGUUACGCGGGUACCCAAGAAUGAUUUCAAGAAACGUUCACCGUCGAAUGCUUGA